UUGACAACGGCGGCUGCUGUCAGUGGAAUCGAUAUCUGUCAUCCAAAAUUGAAGAGCAUUUUCCCUCAGAAAAAUGACUGCCGUUUUCAGAGUAGGCCUGAUACGCCUUUGCUCACGCAAUGCUCCCGCCCUGCCGGCUGCCGUGACCCAGCAACGUUUCAUUUCGGGCAAAACAAUGCGCGGUGGUCCCCGUGUUGUCCAACACAAACCCUAUCCCUACAAGGAAAAAGAAUAUGGCGUAUUCCAGGCCAUGCUCGACAAGACCACAAAACGUUUGAAUGAAAAUUCCAAAAUCAUUUGUGUUGAAGGUCCCAUUGCAGCGGGUAAAAGUAAAUUUGCCAAAGAGCUAGCCGAUGAAUUGGAAAUGCUCUAUGUGCCCGAAGCCAAUAUGGAUAUGUUCUACAUUAAUUCAUAUGGUUAUGAUUUACGUCAGUUGGAUCCUCAAUUGCCCGAAUCAUGCCGUUCCUUUGAUUUGGUUAAUUUCUGCAAGGAACCCAAUCAUCGCCUAACACCAACUUUCCAAAUUCUAAUGUAUCAAUUGCGUUUUGAACAAUAUGUUGAUGCAUUGGCACAUUUGUUGUCGACCGGCCAGGGUGUGGUAUUGGAUCGCAGUUGUUAUUCCGAUUUUGUAUUCUUGGAGACAAUGUACAAACAUGGUUAUGUCUCGAAGGGUGCUCGUUCGGUAUACUAUGAAUUGAGAGGUAAUACCAUUACGGAGCUAUUGAAACCUCAUUUGGUUAUCUAUUUGGAUUUGCCCGUGGAUGCUGUUAAGCAACGCAUCAAGGCCCGCAACAACGACUACGAAGUUAAAUCGCCCGUCUUCACCGAUGCCUAUUUGCGCGACAUGGAGAACAUCUACAAACAACAAUACCUCAAGGAUAUUGCCACUCAUGCUGAGCUCUUGAUUUACGAUUGGACAGCCGGUGGCGAAACUGAAGUUGUUGUUGAAGAUAUCGAACGUAUCGAUUUCGAGAAUUUCGAUUUCGAUCCAGCCGAAAAGAAAAUGAAAGAUUGGCGUUUCCACAAUGAAUCGGAAUGGGGUGAGGCCCGUAUCCAAUAUACAUCGGGUAAACCCGAUUUGAUGAACUACUUUAAUGUGCCACGUUUCGAUGUACCCGAGUUGUUGCGUGAUCCCGACAGUGGCAAGAAAUGGCGUGAUAUUUGGUUUAAUGCCCCUGGCAUGAAAUAUCGUCCCGGCUACAAUGAGGAUAUGGGCGAUACUGGUCUAUUGUCCAAAGCGAAAUUAAAUAUUGCCGACAACAAAAUUUAAUUUGUAUAUUUUGUCUUUUAUUAAUUUUUAGU